CCAUAGUGACGGCGUAUGAGACCAACACACAGCACGAUCCAAACAACAACAACGCCAUGCUGGGAGUUCACGCCUCGGCCUCUGCUAUCAUUCAGUACGGAAAGAUCGGACGCAAACAGGGUCUGGUGAACGUGGCGCUGGACAUUCUGAGUCGUAUCCACACGAUUCCCACCGUGCCCAUCGUGGACUGCUUCCAGAAGAUCAGACAGCAGGUCAAAUGUUACCUGCAGCUGGCGGGCGUCAUGGGCAAGAACGAGUGCAUGCAGGGUUUGGAGGUGAUCGAGUCGACCAACCUGAAGUACUUCACCAAGGAGAUGACUGCUGAGUUCUACGCUCUGAAGGGCAUGUUCCUGGCACAAAUCAACAAGUCAGAGGAGGCCAAUAAAGCCUUUUCGGCGGCGGUUCAGAUGCACGACGUCCUGGUGAAGGCCUGGGCCAUGUGGGGGGAUUACCUGGAGAACAUCUUCGUCAAAGACCGGCAGCUCCACCUCGGGGUCUCCGCCAUCACCUGCUACCUGCACGCCUGCCGCCACCAGAACGAGAGCAAGUCGCGCAAAUACCUGGCAAAGGUGUUGUGGCUGCUCAGCUUCGAUGACAAGAACACUUUAGCAGACGCUGUGGACAAAUACUGCAUCGGGGUCCCGCCUAUCCAGUGGUUGGCAUGGAUACCGCAGCUCCUGACCUGCCUGGUGGGAUCAGAAGGAAAACCUCUGCUCAACUUAAUCAGCCAGGUGAGGCUUUCACAAAAUCACAUAAACAGAUCUAGAAAAGGCUCUUGGCCCUGA